AUGAGGAUGUACAGCGUCCUGCAGUUUCUUCUGCUUUAUUGUUACAUGGGCCGAAGCUUCAGUGCCGGGUCUGAUACAACAGAUAACACAGCCUGUCCACCAAAUUACUAUGGAGAUGAUUGUCAAGUAUACUGCCUUGCAGACCAUAGCAACCGCUUCCAUUGUGACGUAAAAACAGGUGUCAAACGAUGUAAUUCUGGUUGGGAAGAACCAUCAUUGGGCUGUAGUGUCAAACAGAGUGGCCCUUGUCCUCCAAACUUCUAUGAUCCGGGGUGCAGUGUGUUCUGUAAAGCAGAAGAUAGUUGCGAAGGAGGUCACUAUACGUGUGACCCAAAUACUGGUGCCAAGAUAUGUAUAGAUGGAUGGGAUCUUCCAGAAUUGAAUUGUACGCUCAAAAUUACUCCAAAGCCUAUUGAUGAAGAUUGUCCGGAUACAGAAAAACUUUGUGUGGGUGGUCAAUGCCACAACAAAUCAUGCUGCUGUUUUGACGACUGGACUGGACCAUAUUGUGACGUACCGAUAGACCAUUGUUCCAGUAACCCAUGUGGUAAUACUUCAACCUGCGAAAAAAUUCCUGAUGGAUAUCAAUGUCUCUGCGGACCUCACCUCUACGGUGUCAAUUGUGAAACGUACUGUAAAAUGGCUGAUGACUGUGAAAAUGGUCAUUUUACGUGUAACGGUAAAACUGGUGCAAAGGAAUGCAUUGAAGGCUGGGAGAGUCCAGAAAUCAACUGUACACUGAGAAUCAUUCCUCCACCCCUGGAUAUCGAAUGCCCGGAUGAAGGAUUCUGUGCCAAUGGGCAAUGCCACAAAAAAUCAUGUUGUUGUCUAAGCAACAGAUGGACAGGACAAUUCUGCGAGACACGCAUAGAUGACUGCUUGAGUGAACCAUGCCAAAAUGAGGGCACGUGUCAAGCUAAUCCGGAUGGAACUGGAUACGACUGUUUGUGUUCUCCAAACUACCAUGGCAACCACUGUGAAAUUCUAUGUAAAGAUGCAGAUGAUUGUAUAUAUGGUCACUAUGUGUGUAACACAUCCACUGGUGAGAAGAUAUGUCUCGAUGGUUGGGCUAUGCCAGAGGUAAACUGUACAUUAAGGAUCAUUCCUCCAGUAAUAGACCCCGAAUGUCCUGAAAAUGGUGUUUGUGUAGGUGGACAGUGCCAUAAAAAUCAAUGUUGUUGCUUUGAUGAAUGGACUGGGGAUUUAUGUGAAAUAAAAAUAUCUGGUUGUAGAAGCAAUCCGUGUUUAAACCAAGGGACGUGUAGGCCUACAGAUGAAGGCUAUGCCUGUAUUUGCCAUCCUUGGUAUACAGGGACACACUGUGAAACAUAUUAUCCGCAAUGUCCCCCAAAUUACUAUAAUCCACCAGCUUGCAAUGUGUACUGUCUUGCCGCAGAUGAUUGUGACAGAGGGCAUUAUACUUGUGAUCCCAACACAGGGGCGAAGGUUUGUCUACCUGGAUAUGUGAUGCCUGAAAAUGAUUGUAAAGUAAAAACACUCCCUCCACCAAAUGAUCCAGAUUGCCCAACUGAUACUCCUUGUGUUUAUGGAAGGUGCUACAGAGGAGCGUGUUGCUGUAAUGAACAUUACACUGGACGUCGAUGUGAAACGUUUAUUGAUUAUUGCGCAAGUCAGCCAUGUCGAAAUGGUGGUACAUGUACACAAAGUAUUGGAGGUUAUACGUGUAGCUGUUGUCAGAACUUUGAAGGAACGAACUGCGAGAGUUUUGUACAAAGAUGUCCACCUAAUUACUAUGGUCAACGUUGCGAAGGUUAUUGUCUUCCUCAGAAUGAUUGUGAUGGUCACUUCACAUGUGAUUGUCAGACAGGCAAUAGGGUGUGCCUUGAUGGCUGGAUGAGACCAGAAGCUAACUGCACAGUAAAGGAGACCCCGCCUAGUUCUGAUAGAGAAUGCCCUGACAGAGGUGCAUGUCUCAACGGAGGAGCAUGCUUUCAGAAAAUAUGUUGCUGUCCUAGAAACUUUAGAGGAGAAUUAUGUGAGAUACAAAAUAUGCCUUGUGAAAGAAAUAGGUGUAUGAAUGGAGGGACGUGUUUCAACCUCUCUCCAGGAUUUGAUGGAGAUUUCCAAUGCAUAUGUCCUCCUCAGUGGACUGGGUUAUUAUGCGAUACAACCUGGAACGGAUGUCCACCAAAUUAUUUCAACCCACCUGCAUGUAACGUUUUCUGUUGGGAAGCUGAUAGCUGUAGUGAAGGCCACUACACUUGUGGUCCAGAUGGCAGUAAGAUCUGUAGAGAACACUGGGAAUGCGUGGCAAGUGACUGUAGAACAAGAUACAGGCCGAAAUGGAACGAUACAGAAUGCCCACCAAUUGGCCCAAAUGGAGAAAUGUGUCGCUAUGGGGAAUGUCAUAGACAGACAUGCUGUUGUCAUUAUGGGUGGACUGGACCAUAUUGUGAUAUAUUUAAUCCUGCAACACCAUUGCCACCUCGUUAUUCAAAUGAUGCCAACGUUAAUGAAACAACAACAAAUGAAACUGACAGAAUAGAACGUAACAUUGAGAGAGGUUCUUUUAAAGUUGAAACACAAGAUUCAUGUAGCCUUAAAGAUAACUGCGCUGAAGGUCACUAUGUAUGUAAUGGCGGGACUAAAAUCUGUCGAGAUGGCUGGGCUGACGUAAGCACCAACUGUACAGUUCGAGCCGUUUCACCUGCUGUCGACUCAGAAUGUCCAGAUUCCGGUCAGUGCGAUAUGGGUUCGUGUUUUAAGAAGUCUUGUUGCUGUAUUCUAGGAUAUACAGGAGAUCUUUGUCAGGAACAGAUUAACCCAUGUGGCAGUAGCCCAUGUGCCAAUGGAGGGACAUGUAGGCGGGAUGGUCCUUUCAAUUACAAAUGCGAUUGCACAUCAUUUUACACUGGGAACAAUUGUGAAACUAGGAUGCGUUGUGAAAGGCAUAAAUAUGGUCCAAACUGUGAUGUCCAUUGUAAACCAGAGAACUCUUGUGCUGGUCAUUAUAGAUGUGAUCAAAACACGGGGGCUAAGAUUUGUCUUGAUGGUUAUAGAAAUUCAAAUCAGAAUUGCAUUGACAAAAUCAAUGAGGAUUUUGUAGACUGUCCAGCAGGCGGUUGCGAUACGCGAAAUGCUCAUUGUUUUAAGAAGCAGUGCUGUUGUAAGCCAGGUUUCAAAGGAGCAAGAUGUAACAUUGUCAAACUUCCAUGCGAAGACGUGAAAUGUGACAACAUAACAGAAGGUGCUUACUGUCGAAAUGAAGACGGAAAAGGACUGUGUUGCCGCAAUGCUAAUAAUAGUCGGGAUUGCAUUGAUCCAUCGAGCAACAUGACGACUACAGUACCCACAACAUCAACUGUCACUACAUCACAAUCAAGUAGAAUAACCAGUCCUUCUACGGCGAGAACAACAACCAGGUUAGUUUGCCAAGAUGGGUAUUAUGGUCCAACCUGUUCUGUGAGAUGUAAAGCAGAUGAGAGUAGUUGCGAACACGGGCACUACACCUGCCAUCCUACAACUGGAGAGAAGUUGUGUGAACAGAAUUGGGGACCUCCAAAUAACUGUACAGUAAAAUCACCAAACAUUGCAAACGACCCUGAAUGUCCAGAUGCUGGGAAUUGUAGAAAUGAUGGAAUAUGUUUCAAGAAGACAUGUUGCUGUCGUAAAAACUAUAGAGGUGAUCUGUGUGAAACGUAUGUUCUCCCAUGUGACAGACCAAACGCUGUCGUCUGUCAGAACGGGGGGACGUGUAGGAACGAUGAUGAUACCUCUAGUUGUGUUUGUCCUGAUGGUUUCACUGGAAGAUUAUGUGAAAACAGAAUUAUCCCGGGUUCAAGUACGGCGCUUCCAACAACAACUAGGACACCUACUGAAGCAAGUAGAAUAACCAGUCAUUCUACGGCGAGAACAACAACCAGGUUAGUUUGCCAAGAUGGGUAUUAUGGUCCAACCUGUUCUGUGAGAUGUAAAGCAGAUGAGAGUAGUUGCGAACGCGGGCACUACACCUGCCAUCCUACAACUGGAGAGAAGUUGUGUGAACAGAAUUGGGGACCUCCAAAUAACUGCACAGUAAAAUCACCAAACAUUGCAAACGACCCUGAAUGUCCAGAUGCUGGGAAUUGUAGAAAUGAUGGAAUAUGUUUCAAGAAGACAUGUUGCUGUCCUAAAAACUACAGAGGUGAUCUGUGUGAAACGUAUGUUCUCCCGUGUGACAGACCAAACGAGGUUGCCUGUCAGAAUGGAGGGACGUGUGUCAACUUGUCUUUUAGAUUUGAUGGAGAUUUCCGAUGCAUAUGUCCUCCUCAGUGGACUGGUAGAUAUUGCGAUACAACCUGGAAUGGAUGCCCACCAAAUUAUUUCAACUCACCUGCAUGUAAUGUUUUCUGUAGGGAAGCUGAUAGCUGUAGUGAGGGCCACUACACUUGUGGUCGAGAUGGCAGUAAGAUCUGUAGAGAACACUGGGAAUGCGAGGCAAAUGGUUGUAGAACAAGAUACAGGCCGAAAUGGAACGAUUUAGAAUGUCCCCCAAUUGGCCCGAAUGGAGAAAUGUGUCGCUAUGGAGAAUGUCAUAAACAAACAUGCUGUUGUCAUUAUGGGUGGACUGGACCAUAUUGUGAUAUAUUCAACCCUGCAACACCACUGCCUCCUCGGAACUGCAACUAG